AUGGGUUUCUCUGAAUCUUCAGUUCUCUUAAAAAUCGCUCUUGUUGUAUUACCUUUAGCGUUAAUACUUCACAUUGUUGGUUUAGCGACUCCGCAUUGGAGUUCACAUAGUGUUACAGAACAGGGCAUAACCAUUGGUGCGGUAGUAGGACUUUGGAAAGGAUGUUUAUCUGAAAACGGAGCAAGUCAGUGUACAAGCUACGAUGAUGUUCCUGGUUGGUUGAAUGGGUGCCGAGCGUUUGGUAUAAUCGGUGUGUUAGCUGUAGCUGCUGCGGCCAUCUUGGAAGCGUUGUGUACAAUAGCACUGUCUAAGGAUACACACAAGAUCGCCUUUAUUUUAUCAACAAUCACAGCCUUUGUUGGAGCUGGCAGUAUUAUCCUAUGUGCCAUCAUCUGGGCUGCAAAAGCAUCCGAUCUAUCUUCAACAGGAGACCUUGCGUGGUCGUUCGGACUCUCUAUUGCUGGAGGUGUUCUCGCCGGAUUAGGUGGAUUGCUAGUAUCUAUCAAUCUGUGCCAGUAA